ACCGGCUGUCAUGUAAAGGAUACGCUGGAUUGGAGGAAGAACUAGUAAGUUAUCAAUUAAUGGUUUCAUGGUUUGUGACAUUUUGAUUUAUUUGAUGUAUACGAUAGUAUAGAUAUUGACAUAAUCAAUUGAUGUAGUCUGCAACUAUGGCUGAUGGAGAACUUGAUCGUGCAACAAUGUGGAUCAAAGCACGUCAAGAUAAGAAUGGUGGGUUUAAAGAUCCUUCAAUCGAGAAGGCCAACAAAAUUGUAAGCCGUUCCUAUUUUGGUUUGUCAAAAGGAAUUUUCAAUGUAAUGUUGCAACAUAACCUGACCACUUAUAUUUUUCAGGCUGUUUUGAAGAAAAAGGAGGUUGAGGGAGAGUUAAGCACUUCUGGAGCAAAUGAUGUGUUGACCUUAGCAUUGGGAAAUCCUGAAAAUACUAGAAUAGUAAGAGGAGUAGGAGGAAAUGUGAGGAAAGCUGCAUACUUUAACCUCCCAAAGCACCGAAAGCAAAGUGUUAAACAGACUGUUAGGUUGAGUAUUCAGAAAAUAAUGGAACAAGAGAGGGAGAAGAUACUAGCAGAAGAACGAGUAAUUUGGGAAGAGAGGCUUAAGAGGUUAGAAGAUAAAUUCAAUUGGAAGGCUGUGCAAACUGAGUCCGCCAAAGUUUCCACCAUUUAUAGGAAAAUGGGUUCUGGACAAGGAAGUUCUUCAAAUCUGCAUGAGAAAGCUGCCCAGGCAACUGAAAUGCGGAUUCCAACCACAUUCAGAAAGUCCUUGGAGUUAGAACUUCAUGAGGAGCCUGUGGAAAAUCUCAGUCCCAUUAAUGAAAAGAAAUUGGAUGCUACGGCAAAGGCUGAGCAAAAUGGUCCCAUUCUUGUUGAUCUGGAAAAACAGAAGGCUGAAGUUCAGCCACAGACAAUUGGAAAAGAGUGUCAAUUGGCUUCUGGUUCAAUCGAUAAUGUUGUGGCUAUUGCAACAAUUAUAGAAGUCAAAGACGAAAGCAACAGCUAGCUUAUCCAUGGUGUUCCAUUGGGCG